AUUAGGAAGUGAAGUGAAGUGAAGAGAAUCGAAUCCAUAUUGUGCGGAAGAAAAUAGUGACCUCACUGCUAUGAGUUUUUGUCUCAUCAUGCCACUUGCUUUAUCAAUUAAUACUCAUUCAUUAAAUUAAACAAUGUUGUUCAUCCACCAUAACCAUAACCAUAACCCUUAACAACCAGCAAUCAUUUUCUCUUUGUUUUCCUUCUUCACUUGCUGGUUGCCACUUGCCUCAUCAGAAGAAACAAAUUCUUUAUCGAAAUGUUCGGUUUCUCUCGUCGCCGUACUAAACUUGCCCGAUUGAAGGUGCAGCUUUCUGACUCAACUCAGGGAAUUAGGAGUCCCGUCAGGAACCCCAAACGAAAUGGAACCACCAAUGUAGGUGAAGGUGAAGGAGAAGAAGGAACAAGUGGUCAUUCUGAUGAGAAUUAUUGCCACACUUCAUCUCAACCACAAUCAACCACCUCAGAUAAUUGGAUGGUCUUGUCAAUUGCAGGGGAUAAACCAACUCCUAGAUCCAAUCAUGCAGCAGCUGUGGUUGGGAACAAGAUGAUAGUGGUUGGUGGCGAAUCUGGAAAUGGAUUCUUAGAUGAUGUGCAGGUGCUGAAUUUCGACACAUUUUCGUGGACCACAGCAUCGUCGAAGCUUUACUUGUCGCCAAGCAGUCUGCCGCUGAAGAUUCCAGCAUGCAAGGGUCAUUGUUUGGUUUCUUGGGGAAAAAAGGUACUUCUAAUUGGAGGGAAGACAGAUCCAGAAAGUGACAAGAUUUCAGUAUGGGCAUUUGAUACAGAGAUUGAGUGCUGGUCACUAAUGGAGGCAAAGGGAGACAUACCGGUUGCUCGAAGUGGUCAUAGUGUUGUUAUGGCAAACACUGUUUUAAUAUUGUUCGGCGGCGAAGAUGCGAAAAGAAGGAAACUGAAUGAUCUACAUAUGUUUGAUCUCAAGUCCUUGACAUGGCUUCCUCUUCACUACACCGGAGCCGCUCCUUGUCCAAGAUUCAACCAUGUAGCUUCUCUUCAUGAUGACAAAAUUUUAUACAUAUUUGGAGGAUCAUCAAAAUCCAGAACCUUAAAUGACUUAUAUUCACUCAACUUUGAAACAAUGGCAUGGUCAAGAGUGAAGAUUCAAGGUUUCCAUCCAUCACCUAGAGCUGGUUGUUGUGGAGUUCUCUGUGGUACUAAAUGGUAUAUUACAGGGGGUGGAAGCAAGAAAAAACGAGAUGGAGAGACUUUGAUAUUUGAUAUCGUUAAAAGUGAAUGGUCUGUGGCAUUUACAGCACCUCCAUCUUCAAUCAUUACCAGCAGGGGUUUCAGUCUGGUAUAUGUGCAGCACAAGGAAAAGGACUUUCUUGUUGCAUUUGGAGGGUCCAAAAAAGAUCCAACAAAUCAGGUGGAAGUGCUGAUAAUGGAAAAGAAUGAAUUGGCGCAGGGAAGACGAUCAAGUCUGAGUAAAGGUUUAGUUGACUCUGCUAGACAAAAUCUAGCAUCUGCAAUUGAACAUGGUUCUGGUAGGAAAUCUUUGUCAGAGUCCCUGGUUCAAGAUUCUAAUUUCCCACAUACCAAUCUCUCUUCCCUUCCCAAGCAAUUCGAGCUCGACAAAGAAUACAAUACAGAUGUCAAGAUUGACAAGAACUCUGAUCAAGGUUCUUUCCCUCAGGCAGCAGAUCAGAGAAGAAAUGAAGUUGAUUAUGGUAAUCAUGGAGCGAAGAUGAAUGUGGAGGAAAAACAGUUAUUGCUAUCUGAAAUUUUAAAUCAGCAAAACCAAGGAUUUGAAAACAUCAGACUAGAAGGCGAUGAUGCUUCGUUUCUUGAUAGCAAUAAAUUUGGAUCUCUGUCUACUUCAAGUUUGUACCAUUACUAUGAAAGUAAAAUGGCGGCUCUGAUAAGGAAAAAUGGAAUUCUAGAGGGACAACUGGCGGCAUCCCUCGCAAACAAAGAAGCCGCAGAGAAAAGCUUAGCAUCUGCUAUUAAAAGCCGGAACGAAAUGGAGACAAAACUAGGCGAGGCACUGAAGGAGAUGGAAUCACUGAGAGAAAAGCUGGGGGGUUUAGAGUUAGCACAAGAAGAGGCUAACAACCUAUCAAGCAUGGUCCAUUCGGAUAAUGUACGGCUCGAACACGAUGUGGCCUUCCUCAAGGCUGUUUUAGAUGAUACACAAAAGGAGCUGCACUCAACCAGAGGUGUGAUUGCUGGAGAGAGAGCCAGGGCAUUCCAACUACAGUAUGAAGUAUUUCAUCUCAAACAGAGAUUGCAAUCAGUGGAGAAUCGAGAACCUACUCCAAGGAAACCUUUUCAUCUGCAGUGAAGUGAAGUGGGUAGUUGAAGAGUAGUUACUAGUUAACCAUUUAAAUCAGUUAAUGUGAUCUUUAUUUUUUUUUUAACAAUUUGUGAUCUAGUGAUAUAGUGGGUAAUGGUAACUGCCAUUAUGUUAAGGGGAAUAAACUAACAGGUAGAGGAAUGUAAAAAUGGUAUUUGUCUUUUUCUCUUAUUUAACGACAAAUAAAUCUUUGACUUUUUAAUUCGAAGACGAGUUAUUUGUCUUUGACUUAAUAAA